GUUUUUCUUUCACAUUUCUUGGGACAUUUUGUGGCGAAAACGUAAUUUUCCUAUCUUUCAUAACAGUGACAACCUUUCGCAAACAUUCUCGUUGGUACACAGUUAACUUAUCGUCCUUAUAUGGCUGUCUUGGUGGCACAUGAAUUUCACGUGUCGUAACGCAAAUAAGUUCAGCAGUUUGUUUGACGAGAGUAUGACAGGAGCAUUCACGUAAUACACACUAUGAGCGUAUAAUGGGUGCGGUGCAAGAGAAAACGCAAUGUGUGCUGAAUAUUUCGCACAGUUGAUAGCCUCGUGGGAAACAUGGUUGACGUGAUCACGGGCGCGGCCACCAGCGGCAACUAUUACCUCCACUGGCACCUGCUCAACGUAGCCAGCCGCCCUGACACGCUGCAAGCUGAUUUGCAACGAGAGAUUGACACCGUCGUAGGCAGUGAUCGCUUGCCAGGCUGGGAAGACCACACCUCCAUGCCACUCACCAUGGCCACUAUAUGGGAGAUGUUCCGCUGGAAAAUUGCCACACCAUUCAACAUACCACGCUUAGUGGGCAACGACAUGAAAAUGGAUGACUACGAUAUUAGAAAGGACACUGUAGUAUUUCCAAACCUGAUGACGGUCCACAGGGACCCUAAAUUGUGGAAAAACCCUGACGAAUUUGACCCGUCGCGCUUCUUGAAUCCUGACGGCACAGCCAAGACAACGAAACCUGAUGGUCUGGUUACUUUUUCCAUUGGGAGGAGGUCCUGUCCGGCAGAAAACAUAGCCCUAGUCGAGGUGUUCCUUUAUCUGACCACGCUGCUGCAACAAUUCCGCAUACUUCCGGAAGACGACAAGCCAAUCAUCAUAACACCCUUUGGCCCGUCACCAGAACUAAUAGACACGAGGCUACGCUUUUUUCGACGCACCGAGAAAUAAAAAAAAAUAA